UAAUAGCCAUGAUCAUCUAACUCAGCAUAGUUCAAAGAGAAUAAAUAGAACAAUCUUCGCGAAAAGUUUGAUAAAAGCCUGAUUUUUCAGAAUGAUACUGUAAUCCGUUCUCUGUGAUCUAUCAAGUAUUUUUCAGUGAAACUUAAUUCCUUUGGCGAAAUAAUAAAUCGUUUAUUGUGGACCAACUCAGCGAUGGAUCUUUCAAUGAGAUGCUGCUGCUUAGCUCUUUUACUGCUUGGUGUCAUCCAUUCAUACCAAGCACAAAAUUGCCCAGCUCAACAAACCGACUUGUCGAACACAACUGUGUACAUUGCAGAUCCAGAUGAAUGUAGAAAUUAUACGAUUUGCUCUUACGAAGUCAGUUAUGAUUCCGACAAUUUGUACAAAUGUACGAAACAAGAAAAAAAGCAGUGUCCUCAAGAUCAAUGUUUCGAUAAAAAAAACAAUGUCUGUGCCUACUUAGAUGAUGACGAUUGCAAAGGCAAUGACUACCUUCCUGAUUGUAAUGACUGCUCGAGAUAUUGGCAGUGUUCAAAUGGCAAAAAAGUUCACAUGAUUUGCCCCAACAGCUUGUGGUUUAACUACGAUAAAAUGGAAUGUGAUUAUGUACGAAAUUAUCCUAUCCAAUCUGGGUGUGGAGAUAAAAGAUGCACUGAGGGACCAGAUAUGAAAAAAUAUAGAGUAAAAGACGACGAUCAACUAUUUGUUUGGUGUAUUAAUAAGAUGGCUUUCUUGUAUACAUGUACAACAUAUGGUAACGAUUAUAUCUUCGACUAUGAUGGACAAAAGUGUGUUCAGACUGCAAGAAUGGAUAAUUCAAUCGUGAAAGAUAGGAUUCGCCGUAAGGUAAACAACGCUGAUGAUGGAAAUACACACCCAAAUAUCUGCCAGAAACCACCGCAGAUGGAUGACUAUUGAAUUCAAUAAUGACAUGAAUUGAAAAAAUAAUUCAAGAAUAAAAAAACAACGGUACUAUUUUUGAGAGUAUUUAUUGAACAACACAACGGAUUAUAAAAUGCUUAAUAUAUGUUCUAUUCUUGUUAUUUUUUCUUCUAUCACAGCAACCUGCAACAUGAAAAUUAAAAAUAUUCAAAAAAUA